AUGCAGCAUGAUCUGGGUCCCUCCAACAACUCCCCUAUCAAUGGCGGUGAUGACAAUCCCUCCUCGCCAGCCCAGGCCGGUCGAAAGCGCAAAGCGACAUCGGGCUCGCGCGGCGUUGCCACCCUCACUCCUGACCAACUUGCAAAGAAAAGAGCAAAUGAUCGAGAGGCUCAGCGCGCUAUAAGAGAGCGGACCAAGCAGCAGAUUGAGGCUUUGGAGCGGAGGAUACAAGAGUUGACUGCACAGCAACCGUACCAGGAGUUACAAAACGUCAUCCGGCAGAAAGAUGCUAUUCAAGCCGAAAAUGAAGAGAUCCGACGGAGGUUGGCUUCUAUCAUGUCAAUACUACAACCCAUUGUCGGUGCUCAGGGUUUGACCGAUCUUGCGACUGCGGCACAAAGCAACGUCCACGCUGGCCUCCAGCCACAAAACCAUGCCUUCGCAACCAAUGGCACCCCACAUCCAGAUCAGUACCUGAAUGGCCAACAACCAACAGCAUACCCUCAUCCAUACAGCCCAACCGAAGGCGCAGCAGAAAACAGACAGUGGACCGGCCAACGAGACGCAUUGACACUGCAACGGGACAAUCUCCAGCGCGGCCUGGAGCUCAACGACUCCGGGGAACGAGUAUCUUUCACCUUCCUACUCGACAACCUCGGCCAAAGAGCCGCUGAAGCGCAUCCGCAAAACACCCAAUCUUCCCCACUGCACCAUUCGAAAUACCCACAUCCCAAUGACCCAUCCUCGCGACCCUGGACCCUCCUGCCCAAGAACGUCGAAGCGACCUGCCCGCUCGACACACUGCUCCUCAACUUCCGCGACUCGCGGCGCCAGGAAGACCCCAGCGGCACUUCCAGCACGAUCUUCAACCCAGCCUACCCAUCCGUGUCUUCACUCCUCAACCCGUCAGGCAGCGGCGUGCGAUUCCCCGACCCACUCUCCCAACUAAUGGCCGACAUAAUCAGCAAAUUUCCCAACAUCUGCAACCUUCCAGAACAGACCGCGGUGCUGUACACCAUGUUCAUCAACAUGCGGUGGCACAUCAACCCGACGCAGGAGAACUUCGAGCGGCUGGUCGACUGGAUGCGGCCGACGCCGGCACAGAUCCACAUCGAGCACCCGGCGUGGAUCGACCACAUCCCGUGGCCGCGCAUGCGCGACAAGCUCGUCGCCAACUACGCGGACUACAGCUUCGAGAACUGGUUCAUCCCGUUCACGACCGACAUCAGCGUCAACUGGCCCUACGAGGACAGCGACUGUCUUAUCAGUACGUCCGAGAAGGACGAGACCGUCAUCAACCCGGCUUUCGAGCGCCAUUUCCGCAGGCUCGAGAACUGGAGCGUCGGCCCGGCGUUCGCCGAGGCCUUCCCUGCCCUCGUCGACACCACCACCGUGAAAGUGCCGCAGCAUCGUGCUUCUUCCGUGGCGGCUUCUUCCGUUGGUGCCGGUGGUGGUGGCUUGGGGAGUACGGUCGCGACGAGCAGGAAUAAGUUGCCGUCUGGCCAGAAUCCUAAUGACUACUAG